AUGGCGUAUCGUAUUCAAACUGAAGGUGUUCCUCUCCGUGGACAAUAUACUAUGCCUAUGGAGGCAACACUUCUACGAAACAAAUAUGAUAACCACCCAGCGGUGGGUGCUAACUUGGACGCGGUGGAGAAGAAAUUUGCAAAGGAGGAGUGGAACUCCUACCACAUCAACUACCUGCGAUUUGUCUAUGAAUUUCUCCCGGGCCUGGUCAUCACUCCGAUUCAGUGGGUCUUCGAUAAGGGAAAGGGUCGAAUCUGUAUUGAUUGCUCCAAUGGUCCUAAUUCCUUCGGUUCCAUCAAUCUUUACAUUCCAUCUCCAAAAGAUGCUAUUCCCGGUGAGGAGGAUGAAUGCCCUGCAGUGUACUACCAGUAUGCAUUUGACCGCUUCUUGCGUCAAAUCCUAAGGAUGCGCAUCACUCGCCCAAAUGAUCCCAUUAUGGUCCAUGCGGACGAUAUAGAAGCUGCAUUUCGACGAGUGCUCUAUCAUCCCGAUAUGGCGUGUGCUUUUGCAUAUGUUUAUUCGGAUUAUCUGAUGGUUCCAGUGGGUCAAGUUUUUGGUUCUCGGAGUGCGCCUUCCUACUAUUGUGUACUUGCUGAUGUCCGCCAAGCAUUGGCGGCUUGUCGACAGGAUGAGCCUACUCUUCAUCCAUUGGUAGCUUCCUGCACCUAUGAGGUAGAUACUUCCUCUCCUCUUGUCCAGGUGCCUCCAGAUUCGAAUCAUCCUCCACUCACUUUGCAGGAGCAAACUGAAAUGUACAAUGCAAGCUUUGUGGAUGAUAAUGGCGUGGUGGCAUAUUUGAAAACAAUGCCGCAGGCACUCCAGCACAGCGUCAGGUCAGCUUUUGAAGUCUUUGGUGACGAAGAUCGUCAAGGUGGCUGUCUUCAGGAUGCUAAGUGGACUUCUCUUGUUUCUGAGACUUUUCUUUUUCUUGGAUUCCGCAUUGACACCCAUGCUAUGACCGUUUCUUGGCCUUUUGCAAAAAGGAAAGCACUGGAUGAUGAAAUCCAGGAUAAUCUUUCUCGCAAAGGAAAAUAUGUGACUCCCAAAGAGAUGGCUCACAUUAUUGGUGUGAUUCGAUCGGCGGCGGCCAUUGCCCCAUGGGGAACAUUUCUUAGUUUUAAUUUGCAAAAUGCGCUGACAACAGCUGCACGCAAUGCAUAUUCUACAAAUCGUUCUUGGUGGACUCGAUCUUGGAUCUAUCUUUCGGGAGUUGCUAUUGCAACAUUGCAUCAGAUUCGGGAAACACUUACUGUUCCUGAAGGAAGUCCAUUGUGGUCGCGUCCCAUUUCCCUCUAUUUGGACCGUGAUUUUUCGCACCGAGUGUUUUCGGAUGCUAGUUAUGCUGGAAUUGGUGGAUGGAGUUCUGAUUUUGGUUUCCUUUGGCGCCUUUGUCGCGAGGACCUUAUCCGUGCUGGGUUUGAUAUGCGUGACAUUGAUUUGGCAUCUUCCAAACCUGUUUCGGAUGGUUCCAAUGACGGUCUCCAUAUCAAUCCUUUGGAAUUCAUUGGUGUUCUGGUGAACCUUUGGAUCGUUUUAAAAUUUGUGAAAAAAUUGGGGCCCCGUUCGGGGGGCUACAUUCUGCUUCUGUUGGCGGACAAAACCACUGCAUUGGCGUGGAUGUCUCUUGCCGCUCGCACCAAAAAUCCGUUGUUACAAGGACUUGCCCGUUUGGGCGCAGCACUGCUUGUUCAUGCUGCAGCUUUACUCACCAAGGUUGUUAAGUGA